AUGGUGCUUUCCGAGUCGCGCCUUCAAGUCCGUCGGACCCAACAAUGGCCAGACUCAGGCGCUCCUCUGAGUCGUUCGUUCAUGACCACCGGGCAACAAGGCUUCAGCUUAAAGCUUACUAGACUAGAAGAGGCGAGCGUUUCUGUUGUUCUUUUGCAACGCUACCAAGAGCAGCUGGCGAGACGAGACGCUACUUCGACAGUACGGGCGUUCAUGGUCGGUCCUACUGAUCCCGGCUGCGACACUGGCCAGGUCCUUUGUGACAAUGCAAGCGGGGCCCGAGAAACUAGCAAUUCAGCGAGAAUUGCACAGUACCACGCUACCACGUACUACAAGGUGGAAAAGGGAGACGCAGCGGAGCAACCAAUCGUUGCAUCCUCCAGGCUUGCUCCUAGACGAACACUACGGACAAUCGAGACCGCGGCAGGCAUAGAAGACAUGAGGAUGGAUUGUCAUAGGACAGCCGUUGCAGGACAGUUCCGUAAUCAUCUCUUGGCAUGGAUGAGUAGCUGUAGAUCGCGAAUCAAUAAGUACAGCCCCGUGGACUAA